GGUUGAUUCACGCUUUGCGUUUUGUCAGCAGACUAAAAACGAAUAUAUAUCUACGUACGCGAAGGGCUGAGCUAUUUAAAUAAAUCUUAGUAAAUUCUUUCCGAAAUCGUAUUUACUUCUCUACCCACGUGAUGGGUGAUUUUAAUAUCAACAUACUACUGAUGCUUGUCUUAUCUAGUUUGAGUUGCAUCAUCUCGUCAGCUGUGAUAACUCCAGUAAGGAAGCUGUUGAUCGACACGGACGCGGGGGGUGACGAUGCGGUCGCCAUUAUCAUGGCUACAGAAUCCGAAAAUCUUAAGGAGGGACCAAAAGUGGUUGGCAUUACUUGCGUCAAUGGAAAUGCUUACGUUGACAACGUCGCCCUGAAUGUUCUGAAGAUUCUUAAAACCGUAAACAGGCUUGACAUUCCAGUGUACAAGGGUGCAUCCCAUCCAUUGCUGUUGCCCGACAAGAAAGAUUAUUAUUUCGGCCAGGAUGGAUUCGGAGACUUUUAUUACCCUGAUCCUCCCUCGACUGACUUGAUCAAUGAGACGCACGCUGUGAACGCGAUGAUUGACCUCGUGAAGCAGUAUCCAGGCGAGCUGACGAUCCUAGCUUUGGGACCACUGACGAACAUCGCCUUGGCUGUUAGAAUUUACCCGGAAUUCCUGGACAAUCUAGAGGAGCUGAUCGUCAUGGGUGGAAGUACCGAAGGUCGAGGAAAUUCGCAGCCUGGAAUUGAAUUCAACUUUGCUGCUGAUCCGGCGGCAAACUUCGUCGUUUUUAACUCGUCAACGUCGAGGCCGACGAUCCUGAUACCUCGGGAAACCACUCGAAGAGCCGGGGUACCAACGAGUUUCAGGAAGUCUUUAACCAAUUCAAAUAACACAAAAAUUUGGUUAAUCGAUUCCGCAACCGCAACCAUUGCCACUAGAAAACCGAAUGCAAUCUACUCGUACUGGCCUGAUGCAGUUGCUGCUGCUGUCGUCCUGACUUCCGGUACCAUCGUGACUAAGUCGGAAGGAUACUAUUCGGACGCUAUUUACGAGGGCACGAAAACGGCCGGGAUGAUCGUGGUCGACUAUACAAACAUCACCAAGAACGCUGCCAACACGAACGUGAUUCAAAACGUAAACGCAACCGUUUACCUGCAACUACUUUCAAGAUACCUGUUAUAACUCUUUCCUUACCUGCGAUUUACUUUAAAGUUUUCAUUCGUGGGAUUUUGGGGUCGCUGAUAACGAAUCUGAACUCGAAAUUCGAUAAUGCAAAAUGGC